AUGGACAGCGAACAAAUCAACCAGAAGAUCCGAUCGCGGCGGACGCAUCGUAAGUCUCGUCUUGGGUGUGGGAAUUGCAAGAAGCGUCGCGUCAAGUGCGACGAAAAAAAGCCAAGUUGUAACAACUGCUUGAUGCACUCUAUCAGCUGUGACUUUCAAAAUCCAUCCUCAAGAUCCCCUUCAGCGGGUUCAACGCCUCCUCAACGGUUCCAGUUCCGGCAGUCAAAGUACCAACCCGUGGCACUUUCACCCUCACAAGAUGAAGAGAAUUGCCGCUCAGUCGCAGUACAAUGCGAUCCUCCCUCUCCUGCAACCACACACUUGGUGACAACUCCAGGAGAAGGAAUUUCCCUAGCAGACCUCCAUCUCUUCCACCACUUCGUCACAGCAACCUCGAGUACAAUUACAGACGAGGCAAAAGAUCCUAAAAAGGUCUGGCAAAUCCACGUCCCUCAAUGGGGCAUGUCAUUCCCCUCAAUCCUGCAUCUCCUCCUCACAUUUUCCGCACUCCAUCUCGCAUACCUGAACCCCGCCAGGCGCGGAGAAUAUACGCGUCAAGCAGACGAGCAUUUUACGUUCGGUGUGCGCUCUGUUACGGCAGUUCUUGCGCUUGACACACUGGACUCGCAGAACUGUCAGUAUAUCUACAUCGCGGCUGUCAUGAUUUGUUUUGCCUAUUUUGCACGUGGACCGCGAGAUGGCGAGUAUUUGGUGUUCAAUGCCAAUGGGAAAUCAGAAUGGCUAGUACUGCUACACGGGGUGCGGUCAAUAUUGGCCGAAAAGCAUGGGGAAAUCUUCACUGGUGUGCUAGAACCGGCUGAAGAGGGCCUGGAUUUGGAUACCGACGCCUCCGCCCCUGAACUAGACGAAGAAUUGUCCCGACAUGUCCAGCGUCUCCAAGAAGUCCGGGACAUGGUUAAUCUCGAGAUGGAAGGGGAUAGGGAAGUCUACGUUGGCGUUGUGGAUAACUUGGCAGAGUGCUUUGAGGAAGCAUACCGGCGACGGAGGACCGGGUGCCACCCAACGGGCUUAAUGCCGUACGCUAUGGGAUGGACGUUCCGGCUACCUAAUACGAUGAUCACUAAGUUGGAGGAAAGGGAGCCGAUUGCGCUUAUUGUUCUUGCGCAUUGGGCUAUUCUGCUGCGGUAUAUGAGAGAUUCUUGGUUCAUGGAACGGUGGGACCACCAUAUUGUCAUGGGGAUCAAGGCGUGCCUCCCUGAGGCGUAUCAUGCGUGGAUUGAGUGGCCGGAGGAGAUUGUUGCCUAUCUUCCCUAG